AUGGACUGUUCGAAAGCUCACCCUACGAAAGUCAUCUCAGGUCCAUUCAAUGGCCUUGGAGUUGAUUUUCUCAUUCAUGGGGUUGAGAAACCACAGACUGAGGUUCCAGACAUGGUAGAGAAUGUUGUAACUUGUACUCCAGGUGUUGGUGAAGAUCUUGCUGGACUCACUGUGGAUUUGCUUAACAGUGUGCUACUGAGACAAAUCCCUACUACUGUUAGUAUUCCGCCUCCUAGAAGGUUACACUUCUCACGCACCUUAAAGUAUGCUCUUGAUCUUGUCAUUGUAAAUCUUAAUAACAUAGCUUCUUGGAUACAAUUACAGUUAUUGCCUACCUGCACCCUGAGCUUAUACGAACCUAAAAGCUCAAUGGAAGAACGUUCAGUCAACCGGAGGAAACUACAGAUGAUUGCAAUCAACAAGGCGUUAUUGUGUUGGAAAGAACAAGCUGCUCUUUCUUCCCCUGAUACACUCUUCGAACUUCAGCAAAAGCAUCCCCCCGCACGCCUGCCUCACAUACCAGCUGAAGGAGUCGCUGCAACUGCACUUUCUGUCAGUAUAAAGGAUGUUCUGUUGGCUCUUAAGAAUUUUCCCGAAGGAACUUCGUGCGGGAGGGACGGUCUUAGAGCUCAACACCUAUUAGAUGUUAUGAGUGGUGCUGGAGCUUCCGUUGCUGAUGAAUUACUUGUCUCCAUAACAGGUGUUGUGAAUCUGUGGAUGGCAGGGAAGUGUCCUCCCAUUCUAGGUGAUUUUGUGGCCAGUUCCCCCUUAACUCCGCCGCUUAAACCUGGUGGUGGGUUAAGACCAAUCAUUGUGGGAACUAUAUGGAGGAGACUAUGCUCAAAAUUGGCCGAUACGGCAGCGUGCAAGGAAAUGACAUCAUAUCUAGGCAAGUACCAAUUUGGUGUUGGCAUUCCAUGUGGUGGCGAAGGCAUCUUGCACUCUGCCAAUAGAUUGCUUGAGUUGAAGGGUGAUGACACUUCCCGUGUUUUGUUGCUUAUAGACUUUUCGAACGCGUUUAAUCUUGUUGACACGUCCACCAUCAUAAGGGAGGUAAGAUCCCGUUGUACGAAUAUUGUUAAUUGGGUUGAGUUUUGUUAUGCAAAACCAGCUAGGCUCUAUUACCAGGAUUCAGUGCUUUCUCCGGCCCAAGGUGUUCAACAGGGUGACCCCCUUGGUCCCCUCUUGUUUGCACUAGCUCUCCAUCUCCUUGUUGAGAAGAUUGAUGCCCAAUGCACCUUAGACCUCCAUGCUUGGUACCUAGACGAUGACACCAUUGCAGGCGAUACAAUGGAAGUGUCUAAGGAUCUGAAAAUUAUACAUGAGGAAGGUCCUAGCUAUGGAUUGCAUUUGAAUAUCUCGAAGACGGAAAUUUUUUGGCCAUCAUAUGAUCCAAGAAGAUAUAUUGAGUCUGCUUUCCCUCAUAAUAUUGGUAAGCAUGCGAAUGGUGUUAAACUCCUUGGUGGGCCGGUCAGUUUAAAUUCGGAGUUUUGCAGUAACAUGGUGCUGAAAAGGGUGGGUACUACUAUUCAGCUUAUGAGCAAAAUACAGGAACUACAAGACCCUCAAUUUGUUGAUGGUGCGGGUUUUGGCUUGGUUCAGCAAAUGCUUGCUAAUCUCCCUAUUAAAGACGGUGGUCUUGGAGUGCUUACAAUGGCUGAUACAGUUAUUCAUUUUGGUGUUGUCAAAGAAAAGAUACCAACUAGUUACUCUCUUUCAUCGCGUGAAGCAACCCUGUGGCAAUGUAAUAGAGAUGAGCACGCUAUGGAUUUUCUUAAGGUUAUUCCCAUCCCCGUACUUAAUCAGGUUGUUGGACCUAGACAGUUCAGCGCCAUCUUACAAUAUCUGUUGGGUAGACCUUUCUUUGAGGAAGAUAGUUUGUGUUCUUGUUGCAACAUGCCUAUGAACAUUUUUGGGGACCAUGCUAUCCACUGUUCCAGUGAGGUUGGGCUUAAAUUUCGACAUGAUUUGGUCAAAGAUGUCUUGGCAGAUAUGUGCUACAAAGCUGGGGUUGCUGCUAGGAAAGAAGUCUCUUUGGGUUUCCUUUCCAAUACGGAGAAUGAACUUAGACCCGCUGACAUCAUGGUUUAUAAUUGGGAAGAUGGUAAGGAUGCUUGCAUGGAUGUGACUGGUGUUUCACCUUUCACAAGUGCUAGGAAACGUAACAUUUCUCCUGGGCAUGCUAUCAUCGCAGCUAUCACAUGCAAGAAUAAAACAUAUUUGGACAAAUGCACUUUGCAUGCUUACGGGUUCUGUGUUUUGGCCUUUUGUACUUUGGGUGAUCUCGGAGUAGAUACUAUAUCUUUUCUGAGAAGAUUGAGGAAUUAUAUGGCUAGGCAUGAUGCCAACUUCAAGUUAGGCAACUCUUUUUUUUAUAGGCUAGGCAUUGUUAUUCAAAAAGGUGUUGGCGCUCAGCUUGUUGUUAGGCUGCCCACCAUUCCCUGUAAUCUUUACCUUGUUCCUUAA